AUGAACACUGAGUGUCAUUUGUAUACAUUACCACAAACUGAAUCGGAUGAUAAUAAUGACACAAGUUCGGAUGAAUCUGAUCUCGAAGUGAUAUCGAUCGUUGAUGAAACAGACAAUAUUGCCAUUUCGAUCAAGAAUCAUUUUAAUCUCGAUGAUGAUGAGGAAGAUAACAACAACGAAGGGGCAACUGAUAUUCCACAGUCGAAUUCAGUCUUGAACUCAAAUGAUACUGAACUCGAUGAAGAUCUAAAUGAUCUGAAUGCAGAUAUUGUAUCAACUGAUCAAUCGUCCUUGCUUGCUUCGUUAUCAGCUGUAUCUAACUCGGUGGAAGAGCAUCCAUCAUGCAAGCGUAAACGUCGACAAUGGUCAACUGCAGAGAAGCUACAUGCCGUUGAUAUGCUGGAAAAAGCUGGUGGUAAUAAGUUGCUCACGUCAAAAAAGGAAGGUUGCUCCAGAUAUCAAUUAUCUCAAUGGAUGAAACAAAAAGAAGAUCUUAUUCAACUAUCAAAGCAAAAUCAUGGACGCAAACGAAAACGUCUUCCUGGUGCUGGACACAAGCUACAGUAUCCUGAACUCGACAAAUUGCUUCUUGAGUGGUUCCGGGAACGUCGUACUGCUCCUGCCAUUCAGUCAAAUGUAUCUACCAUGACAACAUCGAUCGUCGUUAAACGAGAAAAAGUAACAUUCAAACAGUUACAACGACGUGGCAAACAACUUUGUAUCGAACUCAAGCAUGAGCAUCCACCAUCGACGAAGUGGUAUGGUCGAUUCAUGCGCCGCCAUCGUCUCUCCCUGCAAAAACCAAAAAAACAACAGAAGGUGCCACUCAAUGAGGCUCAUCUACUUAUCAAUUCAUUUCAUACAUAUAUCAGGCGUGCUAAUACAUGGGGUCCAAAACGUGGUGUUAUGGGCGCCUUCUUACCUCGUGACGUGGUAAACAUGGACGAAAGUCCUCUUAGUUUAUUCGGUGACCAAACAAAAUUAUCAAUCAAUGAUAUGAAUACAGUAAAUGAAAUUGAAGGUCACAUAUCAGACAAACGAUUUUGUACUGUCAUACUAACAGUAUUUGCUGAAGAUAACUCUCGUGUGGGCCCAGUGGUCUUGUUCAAAGGAAAAGGUCAAGUGAGUGACAACGAGAAGAUGCAAUAUGCAUCUAAAGUCAAAGUAUUCUUCACACCAAAAGCAUUCAAUAACCGAUCAACAAUGGACAAGUAUAUUAGCUGGUGGUACUCAAAAGUGAACGAUGGACAACCAAAGUUAUUUAUUACGGAUUCAUCGUCUACUCAUUUAAAUGAAGAAACAAUUCGUCUCAUGCGCAAACAACGAGUCGUUAUUGCUGUAAUUCCGAAAGGUUGUACUAUGUACAUCCAAUCAUUAGAUGUUCAUGUUUUUUCUACAUUCAAACACCAUCACUACGAAUGUGCCGAAGAAUGGAUUGAAAAAAAUGGUGGUCGAUCGAAAAUCAAACUAACUGCAGCACAAUCGCGAAUAUUGUGCACUAGACUCGUUUCAUCAGCCUGGUCUCGUACACUGAACAGUAUUGAUCCAAUGGCAUCAUUUCUUGAACUAGGAUACGUGUGGAAUGAUAACAGUUUGGUACGACCUCCAAGCAUACCAGGCUAUUGUUUUGACCCGACCAAUGUCGACUAUUCGACCAACAAAGAUCGAAAUAUAGCUGAUGAUCAACGUAUUGAAGAAGAAGCUCGUAAAGCCACAGAACAGCACAAUCGAAAUCUUGACAAGAAUACAAAGCAAAAGACUCUACUCGAUAUGUGGAAAAAAAAUUAG